UUUCCAUGGCAGUGUGUUGAAGAUGUGUGAAAUAAGUGAAAGUGAUUGUUGUGGAAAUGGUUGUACAAAUUGUAUUCUUGACUCUAAACCAUUAUCAACUAAACGAGCUGACUUAACACAAAAGAAGAAUAUCCUACACACUUAUCGUAAAUACAAACUAAUCGAAAUAAAUCAUUACAAUAAUCGGCCUCAUUUAAUUCAAUUGAAGUUUACCAUCGCCGAAGAAAAUGGUGAUAACAAACAGCUGACGGAAUUUAUUUUGGAUUGUCCGCCUGGGCACCAUCUAAUGAUGCGAGCGCCAGUGUUUGAUGGAACGGGUAUACGCUGCAACAAAACUGUUCUACGACCAUAUUCGCCAUUUUGGACGGAUAUGACAGAAUUUCAAUUUAAAAUACUCGUUAAUUUAAAACCAAAUGGACAAAUGACAAAAUAUAUCGAGAAAUUGAAAUUAAAUGAUGAAGUCGAGUUUCGUGGGCCAAUUGGUGUUUUCGUCUAUGAACCAAGUUUGAAUGCUGACAGUUCUUUGGUAAUAUUUUGUCAAGGUGUUGCUAUUGCUCCAACAAUUCCUAUCUUGGAAAGAAUUCUCCACAACGAAGAUGAUAAUUGUAGAAUAUACCACUUUUCAUGUUUUCAAAAUAUCGAUAGUAUAAUUUUUAGAGAAAAACUAAUAGAAUUUAAUAGAUAUUGGAAUUUUUCAAGUGAAACUUAUUUAUCACACCAGAAAUGCAGUGAGUGCUGUGAUUUAAGCUUCAAUGGCGGGUGCGAGCACUUUAAGCGACUGCUUAAGUACAAGGAGCAAGUGAAGCCACGUCGUUUGAGUAUGCAAAUUAUUAGCUCGAGUCUUGAAGAAAUCAAAAGUACGAAGAAGCAGUUUGUCGUUUGUGGAUCUAACACUUUUCAAGAAUUCAUUAAAGAUUGUCUUAUAAAAUGUGAUAUUAAUAAAAACUGUAUAUUUGUUUUUUAA